UCCGCUACCCCUCGCUGGGCUGUCGUGUGAAGCAGCUCGGUCGGUCCCGCAGUCCCGGGUCGCUUAGCGGCCGAGGAGGCGCAGGCCAUCCUUUCCCCCUGCGGGGCCGCGGACACCGGAAGGCGAAACAGAGCGGCGAACGCCAGAGCCUCCGCUGCCCAGCAGCUCGGCGCAGGUCAUCAAAGCCGAAUCCGAACUCGAAUUCUGUGCGGCUGAUUGCAGAGCUGCCUUGAGGUCCUGAGGACUGGGAUCUGCGACCCCCAGGGGACAGAGGUCGACCGUACCCCGGAGGCGAAUUUUCUCGCGAAGGGCACCUGUUGCAGCGGCUGGAAGUGAAAUAAAGGCUGAACGCUAGUUCCCGAGCUCGUUUCCUACUGAAAGUCAAAGCAAGCACAGCCCAGGACGUCGCUUUGGGGAUUUAUGCAGAUUAGGCUUUUCUAAAGAGCCUGAGCAUCUUGUUUUAUUCAGAUACUCUACUGUCCUCAGUCAUGGCUAGCAUCAUUGCACGUGUGGGUAACAGCCGGCGGCAGAACGCACCCUUGCCGCCUUGGGCCCAUUCCAUGUUGAGGUCCCUGGGGAGGAGUCUCAGUCCUUUUAUGGUCAACAUGGCAGAGAGAAACAUGAAGUUGUUCUCAGGGAGUGUGGUGCCAGCCCAGGGGGAAGAAACCUUUGAAAAUUGGCUGAUCCAAGUCAAUGGGGUCCUGCCAGAUUGGAAUAUGUCUGAGGAGGAGAAGCUCAAGCGCUUGAUGAAAACCCUUAGGGGCCCUGCCCGGGAGGUCAUGCGUUUGCUUCAGGCAGCCAACCCCAACUUAAGUGUGGCAGAUUUCUUGAGGGCCAUGAAAUUGGUGUUCGGGGAGUCUGAAUGCAGUGUGACUGCCCAUGGUAAAUUCUUUAACACCCUGCAGGCUCAAGGCGAGAAAGCCUCACUUUAUGUGAUCCGUUUAGAGGUGCAGCUCCAGAAUGCUAUCCAGGCAGGCAUGCUCGCUGAAAAAGAUGCAAACCAGACUCGCCUGCAACAACUCCUUUUAGGGGCUGAGCUAAAUGGGGACCUGCGCUUCAAGCUUAAGCAUCUUCUCAGGAUGUAUGCAAAUGAGCAGGAGCACCUUCCCAAUUUCCUAGAGUUAAUCAAGAUGAUAAGGGAGGAAGAGGAUUGGGAUGACACUUUUAUUAAACGGAAGCGGGCCAAAAGGUCUGAGCCAAUAAUGGAGAGGGCAGCCAGCCCUGUAGCAUUUCAGGGCGCCCAGCCAAUAGCAAUCGACAGUGCUGACUAUGACUGUAACGUAAUAGAGAUAGAUGAUACCCUCAAUGACUCAGAUGAGGAUGUGAUCCUGGUGGAGUCUCAGGACACUCCACUGACACCCAUGGGUGCCCUUCCCUUCACAGGGAGAGCCACACCUCAGGAUCAAGUGCUGGUCAUUGAUUCCCCCAACAAUUCCGGGGCUCAGUCUCCUUCCACCAGUGGUGGUUCUGGGUAUAAGAAUGGUGGUCCUGGGGAUAUGCGUAGAGCCAGGAAGCGAAAAUACACAAUCCGUUGUUCAUAUUGUGGUGAGGAGGGCCACUCAAAAGAAACUUGUGACAAUGAGAGCAACAGGGCCCAGGUUUUUGAGAAUCUGAUCAUCACCCUGCAGGAGCUGACACAUACAGGGGAGAGGUCAAAAGAAGUUCCUGGAGAAUACAGUGACCUCUCUGAGCCACAGUAAGGUGGUAGACCCAGGCCUAAGUGAACCCUUAACUAUAUUCAGAGUCUGGUGAUGGGAAAAACAGGGGGGUGGGGUGGGGAUGGGGGGGUUCUAACUGCAUGAAUUAUUCCACAAAGCAAUUUUCCUUUGAGAAGAGUUCUUGCAUACCAGCAGUGGAGGGGGGUGGCCUGAUCUCUGUCCCUGCUCCCUCCUCUGCCCACCUAAGGGUCUAUUCUCUGUGUGUGUAUAUUUCUUUGGUGACUUAAUUCUUUUUAUGAAAGUAUCUUUUGUUAAAUCUUCAGAAAAUAAAGGAAAAUACAAAAACUAAAGUACGAAUUACCUGAACUCUCCACCCUUCUGUAACCAUUGUCAGCCUUUUGGUGACUGUCCUUCCAGAUAGUUCCCUAUACCUAUGUAUAGAUAAAAGUGAUCAAAUAUAAGUGCUGUUCUAUACUGUGUAUUUUUUCACCAAACAAUAUAUCUUGUGUACUUCUAUGUCAAUGAAUAUAUAUAAGCAUCUAACUUAA